AUGUCUCUCCGAACCGCUCUCCGCCCUGCCCUUAGAGCCUCUGCUCUCUCCACUGCCCGUCGUGCUGCCAUCGCUCCGGUCCUCAGGCCCCUUGCCCGUGCCGACGGCUGUGGUGACUGUGGAUGUGCCAACCCCCGAGCUUUCAGCUCCACACCCUUCCGUCUUGGAAGCGGCGAGACCGACAGCACCCUUUCAUCUGCCCUUGCCGCCGAGCACAAGUACGAGCUCGAAGCCGCCAACGGCGAGGCCGAGGUCCCCGUCUUCAUUGAAGCCUUCAAAGCUCAAGGCUGUUGGGAAAUCGAUGACAUUGCUGGCUCUGACGAUGUGGUCAUUAUCAGAAAAUUCGGCAACGAGACGAUCAAACUCACUUUCCAAGUGUCCGACCUCGAUGCCAUUGCCUUUGACCCUGAAGUCCCCGUCAACGACCAAGAAGAGCCCGCUCCCGGCCCUGCGUCAAUUACCUGCACUCUCCAGGUCACCAAGCACGCUGCUCCCUCCUCUUUAGUCGUCGACCUCGAGACUUGCGACGAAGGGUUCGAGAUUACCAACGUUGCCGUCUUUGAAAAGGCGCUGGCCGACGCCAAGGGUGCCGAGGGUGAUUGGGAGAGGAGGUCUAGGUACAUGGGUCCUCAGUUUGACCACCUCGACGAGACUGUCCAGGAGGCUUUCGGUGCUUACCUCGCCGAGCGAGGUGUUGACGAGUCCCUCGCCGACUUUGUCCUUUCCUACUGCGAGCACAAGGAACAGAAGGGUUACUUGAACUGGCUCAAAGAAGUCCGUGGCUUUGUUGAGCAGUAG